UCUCAGUUUUCCACUUGACGUAUAGCAGAGGACACUAUUUUUCAACUGAUGGAAGGUGAUCUGUGAUGUGUCUGAUAUGACGGAAGGAGCGUCAGACAGUAUAGUCCAAGAUGUAUUAGACUAAGUCUAAUACAUCUUGGUAUAGUCCUUCCUGGAGUAGUGUUAGUGGUUCCUUUUAGCUGCCUAUAUACUCGUCACCUUUCUUCCAGUGCUAAUGGUUUAACUCACGGCCAACAACGAACUUUCUAGGUGCCGCUUUGAGUAUCUAAUUUUUUAGAAGUAAAAUAGCUUACUGUACGCCAAUGAACAGAAACAAUAAGUGCACUGGGGAAAGGACGUGAUCUAACAAGUAGUAAUACUACUAUGAAUUAAAGCAACUAAUUGCCAGUGGUAAGUUUUCCGUUGUUGGUGAGUGUUUUGUGUCACUUCCUCAAAUUGUUGUAAACACCGCAAAACGCCCUCCCCGCCACACCCAGACGUCACAUGGACGAAGUGGUCAAGGCUUUGAAUUUGAAGGCUUGAAACUUGAGUGAAAUUAUGAAGUUCUUUGUAAAAUCUGAACUACAACAGAAAUCAAAGAAAAUUACUGAAAUACGGGAACUAGUGAAGGGAGAUUUACAAGACGCUCCUAUUUGAAGCUUGUAAGGAACACAGUUUUGUAAAAAUGACAACGGAAAUUGUACUCGGAGCAGCCAUGAAAAAGAGUGCCAUGGAAACCUCCGCACCAUCUCCAUCCAACAAACCAAGCAGCACAGGGAUGCGUUGGUGGGAUGCGCGAAGAACUUUUGUGCUGCUAAGUUUUUUGGGACUGACAGUGGCCUACAUGGUGCGGGUGUGUUUGUCUAUCGCCAUCGUGGCCAUCGUGAAGAAGAACGUGACUACCGACAUAAGUGACAGCAACGACACGUGUCCUCUCCCAGACGGCGCCAUCACGGACAAUGACGUGGGAGGAGAGUAUGAGUGGGACGAUCAUAUUCAGGCUAUUCUUCUGGGGGCAUUCUUCUACGGGUACACGGUGUCAAACUUCCCUGGAGGUCGAGUGGCGGAAUACUUUGGGCCCAGACUCACGGUGGGCCUCGGAAUUUUGGUUCCUUCCGUCCUGACACUGUUGUCGCCACUGUGCAUUUACACGUCCCCUGUUCUGUUUAUUGUUCUCAGGGUGUUGGAAGGAAUGACUCAGGGAGUGACUUUUCCUGCGAUGCAUUUCAUGAUGUCAGCGUGGGUUCCCCCUAAGGACAAAGCCAAGUAUUGGAGUCUACUAGGAUCAGGUAUGCAAAUCGGCACGGUGGUGGCGAUGUCUGUGGGUGGGUGGCUGUGCAGUACAACCUUCCUGGGUGGGUGGCCGUCAGUCUUCUAUGUGUUUGGAGGUUUGGGUGUGAUUUGGGCAAUCCCUUGGUUCCUUUUGAUACACGACCUUCCUGAGCACCACCCCAGGAUUUCUGAUGCCGAGUUGCAGUACAUUCUAGAGCAUCGCCAUUACGCCAAGAGAGAUAAGGUGGUGGCCAUUCCUUGGAGACACAUAGCAACAUCACCACCAUUCUGGGCAAUAAUGGCAUCCAGUUUUUGUUACAACUACAGCUUCUAUACUCUACUUACAGAACUACCUACAUAUUUCAACAAAAUUCUGCAUUUUGAUAUGAGCACGAAUGGCCUAAGUUCGGCUUUGCCGUACAUCGUGCAGUGCCUUGCAUCCGUCUCCUGGGGAAUGUUUGUUGAUAUACUUCAAAAAAGAAAUGUUCUAUCAGUGAAGACUGUGAGGAGACUGUCAACGUCUUUAGCCUUGUAUUCGUCUGCAGUCUGCUUAAUAGGGAUGAUGUGGGUGAACUGUGAUCCUACCGUGGCCAUGGUUGUCAUGUGCCUGGCAGUUGGUCUUAUUGGACCAAUUGGUAGUGGUUCCCCUGUAUCAGAGCAAGAUAUUGCCCCUAACUUAGCUGGCACCCUCAAGGGCCUCACCAACACCCUGGGCUCAGCAACGGGCUUCGUGGCACCGGCCGUCACCGGUGCCAUCACCAAAGGCAACCAUACUGUGUCAGCGUGGAAUACAGUUUUCGUCAUAGCUGCUAUCUUCAACGUGAUAUUCUGCACCAUAUAUGUAAUUUUUGUAACUGAUAAAGUUCAGCCAUGGAAUGAUUCUGAACCUAAGAAAAUAAGUGUUAGCGUCAUUCCACAGUAGACAAGAAGGAGACGGUGCCUCCAAACUGGCUCAGGACACCCUAUGGAACACUUUUAUUAUUAUUUUACUAUAUAUGAAGCAUAUUUCAUUGUAUAUAUAGUAUAAAACAACCCCAUUUUUUUUUUUUUCCUAUGAUAUUUUCUAACCUACUCUUUCGGUUCAUCAGCUGCCAACAACAUCACUAUUUUAUGAUCGUUAUAAAGGUUGUGUGUGGGAGAAUUACAUGGUAGUUCACAUGAAGCAAACUUUGGCUGCAUUGGAAACAAAUGCUGCAUCCUCUCUGCAACUGUCAUCUGCAUGAGAUUCUUCAUAUAUUCACAUUCAUAACAGUAUAGUAUUGUGUCAACUGCAUCAUGUCAAUCAUUAUCUUACAUAUUUAAAGUAUGUACAAAAGUUGUAACAUUCUCAUUUAGUAAUCACCUCACCCUAUUAUAUUCAGAGACUAUAAUAACGUAAACAAAUAAAAGAUGAAAGUACGAUGCUAGCAAAAUUCAGAAUUAUUUGCAGAAACAUGUCUGAUCCUCCUUCACAUUGGAGUUUCAACGCAAAAUAUGUGAUUGGUGCGGGUGAUCCAUGCGCGUGCCAGCUGAGCUACUCCCUUUCAGAAUUAAUCUGAUCAAUUUCUAAGUUAUAUAAUGGUUGCUUUGUGAAACUCCCAGGCUUUUCAACACAACUAUCAUAGGUCAGACUGGUAGUGGGUGAUUCUGAUAAAACACUUCAAACCUCUUGGCUGACGCAUAGGUGACAGAAUUGCACAGUUUUUGAUUGCUUGAUAAUGGAAAAGGUCUCAGUGUUCUCUAUAUAGGUACGUACUGGUCAUUCUCUCCUUGUUACAAAUAAACCUUGCUUAACACACACACACACACACACACACACACACACACACACACACACACACAUGGAUGUUUAAAUUAGAUUACGGUAUGGAAUGUUACAUUGUAAAAUUGCAGAAGACUAGUCGCAUAUUGUUAACAAAGCUGAGAACUCUUAAUAAUAAGUUGCCUGUUAAUGUUGGUAGACAUCAUGGUGUUAGUAGAGAAAACCAGCUUUGCAGUAAAUGUGAUGUGGGUGUUGUUGGUGAUGAAUACCAUGUUCUCUUUGACUGCACCAAUAGGGACAUCUUGAGAUUAAGGAGUACGUAUUUGUCAGAGUAUUUUACGUAUAGGCCAACUUUAAAUAUAUUCUGUUGAUGCAAAGCACAAAUGUGAAGGUUCUUCAAAAUCUGUCUGUUUUUUAAGUUAGUAUUGAAUAUGUUUAGAUAAGUACUGAAUGGGUUAGGUAAUUCUUUCUUUAUUGUUAUAUUUGAAAUGUAAAUCGGAGCUGUGCUCCAUACUUUUUUUUAUAAAGUCUGAACUACUAAAUAAAUAAAUUCAUUCA